AUGGCUUCUCCCCGCCCCAACUUUGGUGCCCAAGGGUACCCUAUUCCGAAUGGUGCGGCUGCGGGCCCUGUCCCCGGUGCCACGCCGCUGCUUCCUAACAACGGCCGUGUUAUUCAGAAUGGACCUACCAGGAUCCUGUGCAUCGCGGAUGUGCGAGGAAACCUGAAGUCUCUGAAUGAGCUGGCGAAGCAGGCCCGCGCAGACCACAUCAUCCACACAGGUGAUUUCGGAUUUUAUGAUGACAGCUCCCUCGAGCGCAUCGCAGAUAAGACAUUGAAGCAUGUGGCACAAUACUCCCCUCUCCUUCCCGAGAACGUGAAACGGUCCAUCGCACAGGUACCUCCUCAACAGUCAAUUAAGCAACGCUUCCCUCCCGAGCAGCUGCCCCUCUCCGAGCUUUCUAUGCUUCUCGACAAGCGCAUCACUCUUGAUGUUCCGGUGUACACAGUUUGGGGUGCUUGCGAAGACGUGCGCGUAUUGGAGAAGUUCCGAUCAGGCGAGUACAAGGUCGACAAGCUACACAUUAUCGACGAAGCCAACUCCCGUCUCCUCGAUAUUGGCGGUGUUAAGCUACGUUUGCUUGGUCUGGGAGGCGCCGUUGUUAUGCAUAAACUCUUUGACAACGGAGAGGGAAAGACGACUAUUGCCGGUGGCCAGGGUACCAUGUGGACAACUCUCUUGCAGAUGGGUGAGUUGAUAGACACUGCCAAUCGUGUCUACGACCCCUCCGAGACUCGUGUCUUCGUCACACAUGCUUCCCCUGCUCGUGAGGGCAUGCUGAAUCAGCUUUCCGUUACACUUAAGGCCGACUUCUCCAUUUCAGCUGGUCUUCAUUUCCGUUACGGCUCCUCGUACAAUGAGUUCUCUGUGAACCCAUCUUUGGACCAUUACCGUGGAAAGCUUGCUGCCUCGAAGGCGUCAUUCACCGAUGUCUGGGAGACCGUCCGAGGCGAGGUUGAGUCGGCUAUCUCUUCUAACGAUGGCCAAAAGACUCUCCUGGAGAAUGCCCUGGAUGUUGUCAACAAGAUGCCCUCCAUUGCCAAUGGUGGCAACCCAUUCGGUGGCCCUGUGGCUGCGGGCAACGCUGCUGGUCAGGUCGAUGAAAGUGCAUUUAAGAAUAUGUGGAACUUUAACUUGGCCGAUGCUGCAUUCGGUUAUCUCGUUCUUGAAAUUGAAGGCGGACGCAUCGCGACUGAGAUGCGGGCUCAAGGAUUCAACUUCGCUCACCGCACUGGCAAGCCCCAGGCUGGUGGUGCCCCUCAACCUGUUUCUAGCGGCCUCCCGGCGACCACUGCUUCGCCCGCUCCUACCGGCGCUGCUCGAACCCCCGUUGUGGCUCCGCAAUUCGGACAAGCCCCUCCCGCUCGUGCACCCAUUCCCCAGGGCCAGAAGGGACCCCGUGCCUCCCCUGUUCCCGUGAUUCCCAAGUCCGCUAGUCCACAGCCGCCUGUUGCCGCCUCCGCCCAACCUGCCGGAGAAGAGAAGGUCGCAGCUGUCGAUACUAAUGGUACCACCCCACAUGAGAAGACAAGCGAGUCACCUGUGCCCCGGGUUGAGAAGAAGCCCACCAAUGCCCUUUUCGUGACAAGUGCCGAUAAUGAGCAGGUUGUCCGGGAUCUGAUUGCUGAGGAGGACAGAUCUAAGAUUACCAAGAUUGAAAAGCUUGGCAAAUACAAUCACGUUGUGACAUUCUCGGGUCCCGAGGAGGCGAAGGCUGCCAUGGAGCACUUGCCCAUUGAGCUGAAGAAGCCUGGUUCUACUCCUCACGGUCAGCCCCGUAAGCCCAACUUCAAGUUCUUCGAGGACCGCAGCAGUCGUGCUGUCGGCAAUGCUGGAACGUGGCAGGCUAGCACCCGUGGCGGAGCCUCUGCCGGCCAGCGUGGAUACCAGAGCGCCAGUGAUAGCGACGGCAGUCGCCGUGGUGGAUUCGGUGGUCGUGGUCGUGGCGGCGGCCGUGGCACCGGUGAGCGAGGACGCGGCGGACGUGGAGGGGCUCGUGGUGGCUUCAAGAGCGGAGCGGGUGCAAGCGAAUCUGCCCCCUCAAGCGAUAAGCCUGCUGCAUCUGGUGACGCCUAA